CCGGCUCCGGCCACAAGAGGGCGACGUCGGCUCGUCCACGCUGCGUGUGGCCGGAAGUUGUGACGGCGUGCUCCGCUAAACAACCACAACAAUGAAAGCCAUCGUUCAGAGGGUCACCAAGGCCAGCGUGACAGUGGGAGAGGAGCAGAUCAGUUCAAUAGGACGUGGACUGUGUGUGCUGCUCGGUAUUUCAGUGGAGGACACCCAGAAGGAUGCUGACUACAUAGUACGUAAGAUCCUGAACCUGCGGCUGUUCGAGGAUGAGAACGGCCGAGCGUGGACCAAAAGUGUCAUGGACCGGGACUUUGAGGUUCUGUGUGUGAGCCAGUUCACUCUGCAUUGCGUCCUGAAAGGCAACAAGCCGGACUUCCACCUGGCCAUGCCUGCAGAACUGGCCCAGCCCUUCUACAACAGCAUCCUGGAGAACAUGAGGAGCACCUACAAGCCAGAGCUCAUCAAGGAUGGGAAGUUCGGCGCCUACAUGCAGGUCAGCAUUCAGAACGAUGGGCCUGUUACUGUUGAACUCGCGUCUCCGACUGGUCCCACAGACCCCAAACAGCUGUCAAAGCAGGAGAAACAGCAGCAGAGGAAGGAGAAGACGCGCUCCAAGGGCCCGUCAGACUCGAGCAGGGAUAAAGGCGCCCUACGAUCCCGUCAGGACCCCAACGCCAGCAGUGGAGCGGAGGGUGACGUGUCAUCGGAGAGGGAGCCUUAGGUCAGCAGGAUGUUGCACUGGGGACGUGACGGUGAGCCCAGUUUCCUCAGGAAGGUCUUAAUCCUCAGAGACUCUAACACCUGAUCACCAACUGUCCUCCUUCUGUUUUGGAAAUCAACAGGAUUCUGUCGCAGAACAUCGUCCCCUCGCUGGUGUCCUCGGCCUCUCUCCUCCAGAAUCAGAUAGGUGUGGCAGAGACGAAAUCCAGCCACAUGACAGCACCCAGUUUUCUUAGAUUUAUGACCAGAGAUUGAACAUGGGCGGCAUUGCACGGAACAGACAUCAACAGUGCUACACCGUUUGGCCCAGUAGCUUUGUGUACUCUCUUUUUCCCACGCACUGCCUUUCUUUCCAUGUUUCUACUUCUAUCUGUCUCUGUCGCUCUCUUUCAGACUUCCCCUGCCUGUUCCCACUUAAUCUCUGCUUACAGACAUGGCACUGACCCUGAAGCAUAGCUCAGCUCCAAGUCCUUGGCUUAUAGUGCCAGCACAAGAACAUCAGGGCAGUGGGAAUAUGACAGCCUCUCCAUAUUGAUUGCAGCAAUGACACCACACCAUGACCGGCACAGUCACAUAUGUGCAGUUGUUUUUUAAAGCUUGCUGUACAGUUGGGAGUUGACUGCAUGUUUUAAGGUCAAGCUGAACUUGCUACAAGAGUCUGCAGUGUAAAUGACACGUCACUCACUGGAAAAAGGAAAAGAGGCAUGGUGUAUAGGUAGCAAAAAGGAAAAAGCCUUCACAUUUGAACAGCAAGACACAUUAACUUUCUAAUAUCCUCUUACCUGCUGCAUGUAUAGAAACACCUUGUGAUGCACCUUGACUUGGCAAAUUAGCCUCCAGACAUGCAGCAGAAAAAGUGCGUCGCAAACGACAAUUUCCAGGCUAAAUAACUUCUUACCUAAUGCACUAAAUGCGACCGUUAAAAAAUCUCAAUCUUCGAAGCCACUGCUAACACAAAACACUAACAGUACUAGCUUACAGGCUAAUACAUAAAUAGCUAGUUAGCCAAAUAGCUCAAAAACAACAUCAGAUUGUUGCUAGUUGCUAACAGCUGUGGUUGUUACUCCUUGAAGCCACUGCUAGCACAAAAAAAUAGCCUUCAACUUUGAACGACACGCAUUAGCUUUGUCACUAUUGUAAAGUCCACAGCUGUUAGCACUGUAAUCAUCCAGUGUUUAGUAGUUAAGUUUUAGCUUUAUAGCUGAUGUCCUCUUUUCCGUGUGCAUGCAUGGACACGUCUUGUGUUGCACCUUGGUUUGUUAAACUAGCUAACUAACAAAUCAGGGGAGAAGUGCACUGCUGACAAUGUUGGUUUACAGGCUUAUAACUACUUGGCUAAACUUAAUUAAUAUGAAAUCGUUUAAAUGCUAUCAGAUGUGGCCCUUACUUCUCAUUAUCACUGCUAACAAAAUGCAACCAGUCUUUACCUUGUGAGCUACAGUUAACAGCACAGCUUUGCUGACAUUGCUUGUUUAAACCGGCUCAGCUGUCAUUUGAACUAUUUUUGAUCCCUAAAAUCACAAUUUUUCUGUUAAUAUUAAGCACAUGGGAGCAGUGUAUUGUAUAAUUAUUUUGCCCAGAUAUUAACUGCAAAAGCUGUUGUCUAGUCAUUAUUUCAGCUGGACUUUAAAUCCUAACAUGUCACCUGUGUAUCUCAGUCUGUUUCUUGUUUCGUUGUUCCACCAGACCUACUCUGAGGAAUUGAUUGUUGUUCAGGGAGGGUUGAGCCUCGCUGAUCACUUCAGAUUUAGCCGAUUUAAAACCAGGAUUGAGUGGCUGCGACUUACUGAGUCAGUUUGUCUCAGUUACCUACAAUUCACCUGUGUGAAGAGGGACAGCUGUGCUUCACUAUCAGUGAACAUCAGCACCAGUGUGAGCAACACAUCUACUAUUCAUGUUUCUCAUUGUGACACUGUCCUGCUGUCACCUGACGGAUCUGAAUGUACAUUUUGUUGUCGUUUUUAUAAAGAUGUGAACGGAAAAAGAAGCCGCUGCUGUGUUUCUGAGAGUUUUUCAUCCGUUUCAUUCUGCUUGUUUUAUUUAUUACAAGAGCAGAGGUGUUGUUUGUCCUUAUUUCUUCUUUCAGCAUCACCACCUGGUCUGUCUAUAUUGUCCCAACUUUUUUUAGUUCAUGAAGCUAUUCCUGGCCUACCAUACCAUAUCCCCACCCCUCUUCUUACUCGCUGGUGCUGAGCUGAGGUUUCUCCAUGUUGCUGCUGUAGCCUGGACCUGGGAGCUCUCAAAGAGGGAAGAUAUGACCUAGAUGUGUCUGCUAGCCACCUAGCUUUGCUUCAAAUUGGGCUAGAACUGCAGCUUUCCUCUGCAGUGACUGCAUUGUGAACCUGAUGCCAGGCAGGUUUACAGUAAGAGCAGCACUGUGGGGCCUGGGAAUAUUGAUGCGCUGUACCAGACAUCUCUUAGGGAUGCAAUCGAUCAAAGCUGCAGCUCGAGGUGUGAGGAGGGAGUGUCGAGUUUGAGGGUUGUCUCUCUGUGGAAUCACCUGCGUUUUUAACUCGACUGUUUGUGUGUCUUUGUGAGGACAUCCUGGGCUGCAGGGCAGGGCAGUGGGAGUGGGUGCGGUGUCAGGCGGACAUGGGAAAGUGGGUUAAAUUCCAGGCAUUCUCCUACAUCUGAAGCCGCACUGUUUCUGGUUUGUCUUUUCUGUAACUUAUCUUACAUCUUGUGUGUGUGUGAGAGCCCUUUGCCAAGCCCACUGGCUAUGGAAAAACAAUUUAACUGGAUUUAAUUUGUUGCCCCCCUCCUCCUUUCUCUUCCCUCCUUCCCCUCAGUUUUUUUUUUCUUUUGUGUGCGUCUGGGAGGUUGGGAAUUCAUCUUGUUUAGUAACUCCAUGCUUAGUCCGAGCUCGCUUUGCAAGUCAGGCGGGCCGAGUUUCAUGGCAGCUUCAAGGCCUCGAGUCAUGUCUGGACUUUGUUUUCUGUAUUUGAGAGUAAACAUCAUCCAUCUUACUUAGAAGAAGGUUCUUUAGGCCACAUAAAACUGUCAUUAUUUGUCCUCUAAUCUGAUGGACAAUUCUUUUCUUUGCUGCCUUUCUUGUCUUUUACUUGAUCAGCCGUCACUCCAUGCUCUAAAGGGUUAAUAAAGCACAAUGAAACCA